AUGCCAGUCAAGCAGCUCGAAGCACCGUACCCCGUCAUCGACGUCGACCCCCACUUCCGGCGCGUGGUCGGGUACAUGCGCCCCAACGACUUCCUCCUCUGGGGCGGCGUUACUGCGUCGGGCCCAAUCCUCAUUCGGCUCUGGGAGCGCAUGGACCCGACAAAGUCGACGCAUGGGAUUCGGCACGCGGCACGCUUUGCCGGGUGCAUGGGGUUCGCGGCGGGAUUCAUGCUGGCGUACCAGAACUCUUCUUUCCGCUUCCUCGGCCUCAAGGAGAACAAGCGCGAGCAGGAGAUGGACUUUGAGGAGCUCUCGGCACUGGCCAAGGCCGGCAAGCCGCUCUACGGAGAGACCGACCUCUCGCCUUACCUCCAGGGCAUGGCUGCGCGUAACUCGACGUACUCGCAGUUCAAGCUGCAGACGAUUCCUUGGUUCAACCUCGUCAACCACAACGACCACGGCGUCGACACGUCCAAGUACUACAACUCCAAGUAG